GGCGCCGGGCGGGGCGGCGCGCGCCUGUCAGCGCUGUGGAGUCGCUGCUUCCGAGGCCGCGCCUCCUCGCCCCGGCGGGGGCCCGGCGCCAUGUCGGGGAAGCGGAAGCGCGUGGUGCUGACCAUCAAGGACAAGCUGGACAUCAUCCGGAAGCUGGAGGACGGGGCCUCGCCCAAGCGGCUGGCCGCGGUGUACGGCAUCGGCGAGACCACGGUCCGCGACAUCCGGAAGAACAAGGAGAAGAUCAUCAGCUACGCCAGCAGCUCCGACUCCACCAGCCUGCUGGCCAAGCGGAAGUCCAUGAAGCCGUCCAUGUACGAGGAGCUGGACCGCGCCAUGCUCGAGUGGUUCAACCAGCAGCGGGCCCGGGGCCACCCCGUGUCCGGGCCCAUCUGUGCCAAAAGGGCCGAGUUCUUCUUCUACGCCCUGGGCAUGGACGGCGACUUCAACCCCUCCGCCGGGUGGCUCACCCGCUUUAAGCAGCGGCACAGCAUCCGGGAGAUCAACAUCAGAAACGAGAGGCCGAACGGAGACGAGGCCGCCGUGGAGGACUUCUGUAACAGCUUCCGAGACUUUGUCGAGCGAGAGAAUCUGCAGCCCGAACAGAUCUACAACGCGGACGAGACCGGGCUGUUCUGGAAGUGUCUCCCUGCCAGGACUUCCGGCAUCAGAGGGAAAGGCUCCGUCCCCGGGCACAAGUCCUCGGAAGAAAGAAUCACUGUCAUGUGUUGUGCCAACGCAACAGGUCUGCACAAACUGAAGCUGUGUGUGGUGGGCAGAGCCAAGAAGCCUCGCUCUUUCAAGGCAACCGAUACCGUGAACCUGCCCGUCUCCUAUUUCAGCCGGAGAGGUGCAUGGAUGGACCUUUCCAUUUUCCGACAGUGGUUCGAUAAGAUCUUUGUGCCACAGGUUCGAGAGCACUUAAGAUCCAAAGGCUUGCAGGAAAAGGCUGUGCUGCUGCUGGGUAAUUCGCCAACGCACCCAAAUGAAAACGUUCUGCGGUCAGAGGAUGGCCAGAUCUUUGCCAAGUAUUUACCACCCAAUGUGGCUCCACUGAUUCAGCCCCUGGACCAGGGGGUCAUAGCAGCGACCAAGAGGAACUAUCGGGCAGGCCUUCUGCAGAACAAUCUGGAAGAAGGCAAUGACCUGAAAUCAUUCUGGAAGAGGUUAACUCUGCUGGACGCACUUUAUGAAGUAGCCAUGGCGUGGAACUUGGUGAAGCCGGUUACCAUUAGCAGAGCUUGGAAGCAGAUUCUCCCCACCAUAGAGGAGAAAGAAGGGUUGGUCUUUGAUGAAGAAGAUAUUUCUGUGGCUACUGUGGCCACCCUUUUACAGCAUACCAGAGGACUGGAAAGCCCCACCACUGAGAACAUUGAAAGAUGGCUUGAAGUGGACAGUACUGAGCCAGGUUACGAGGUGUUAACCGACACUGAAAUCAUCAAGAGAGCCCAAGGCCAGACAGAUGAGUCCAGUGAAAAUGAGGAGGAGGACACAGAACUGGUUCCAGAGAAGCAUAUAGAUCAUGCAGCUGCCCUCCAGUGGACUGAGAAUCUAUUAGAUUACCUAGAACAACAAGGCGACAUGAUUCUACCCGAUAGGCUGGUCAUCCGUAAACUCCGAGCCACCAUCAGAAAUAAACAGAAGAUGACAAACUCAAGUCAGUAAUGACAUUGCAGUUUCAUCAUUGUUCCGUAAAUGGUAUUUGUGAUCAUCACUAAACACUGUGCUUUUUUUUCUUUGUGUUGUGAGUUUUUACAACAGUCCUGUGAAAUGUAUCUGAAAUAGUUUGAGAAUUAUGUGUUUCAUAAUGUGUUUAGCCCUUUAUUUGUAUACAUGGUCAGGAGCUAAUUGGUAUAGGUGUAAAUUACAUGUCUGUGUCUGUUCAUUUUUGUAAAUCAGCAGUCAUCAUUCUGUCAGAGUAACAUUCCCCAGACUCUCUAGCAGAAGUUAGGGAUAGCAGGGUGCUGGUGGCUCUCUGCUGUUGGAAUCAUAGCUACUCAGGGGGCUGCCAUCUAGGAAGAUGGCAGUUUGAAGCCAGCCAGGACAGAAAAAUCCAAGAGAUUAUAUUUCUAAACCUGUAGACAAACUGGACUGGGAGUGUUGUUUAAUUGGCAGAGUGAGAUAGGAGCAGAAAAACCUGGGUUCAAGCCCAGUGUAUUAGCACCAAAAAAAAAGAAAAACAAAUGAAAAAACACAAAAAAACAGUGAGCAGAUUGAGCACUUUCCUGAAGUCUUUUGCUUGAAUUGUGAAAGCUGCUAUAGCAAUCUUUUCUUGUGCUAAUCGUGUUAAAUGAUUGUGUCUAUAGGCUGACAAGAUUGGAAAGCUAUAUAUUGUUAGAUUUUUAAAUGACCAUAAUAAUUAAAAUGAAGUUAUAAUCUAUGAAUUGUUAAAUAAUUUUAGAAAUCAUACUUCCAUUUCUUACUUUUGUGUGGAUGGCAAGGAGUGGAGAUAAUUCUGGGAAUGAAAUAAAUAUAUCAAAUUUAAUUAAAGGAAUGGAGACUAUUGGAAAGCUGGUAUGUAAUAGGUAUUCUAUUAAUAUGUAGAAGACAGUUAUUCCACAAACUUAAGUUUAUUUAUAUUGGUUGAAUGUAUAGGUUUGUUUUAAUUUGGCCUCAUUUUAUGAUAAAUUUGAUAACAGUAUAGGAUUAUUCAUCCAAUGAUAGCAUAGGUUCUGUAAUGUUACAUGUAAAGAUACCAACUCCCUCUUAUAUUUGGGAACAUCUUGGGACUUUGAAAGGUACUAUGUUUUUGUUUAUUUACUGAACAUUUGGAUACUUGAUCUAUAAUUUGAAACAUUUUGUCAUACCUAGCCAUUUUACUUGAAAUGAAAAGGAGAAACAAAUAAGUUUUUUAUUAUUUUAAAUAAAUCCUGUGUUUGUGUCCCUACUGCCAAGUGCCAGAGAGAAGAAAAUUGCAUUGUUUAUUGCUCUGACACUUCUAAAAGGGAUCGUUCUUCUCAUCUGAGCUAGAGUUUUGAUAAAUUUUCUUAAACUUUUGCUAUUCAAGACACUGAAAAUAUUUUGCAAAUGUUAAAAUUAACAAUUUAUAAUUUAAAACCUAAAUAGUUCCAUGUUAUGUUUGGGUCCAGCAUUAAAAAAAUAUAGAUUUGUUCUUAGUCAUUUUUGAAAGAUUUAAUUUUUCAUUGAAAUACUUAACAUUUUAUAGUGGUUUUCUUAGAAUUCUGAAGCUUUAAAGUUUUUAAACUUUCUAUAGUUUCUCUUAACUAACAUAUAUAUUCGCAUAUUCACACACAUAUAUAUCUAGAUUUUGACAGACUUAUUUAAAAUAGAAAUGUUUAAACUUUGUUCAUUGUAUAAAUUGUCUCAGUGUUCAAUAUGAAAAAUUACAUAUAUAUAUAUAUAUUGAAUCAGAUAGUUACAAAUUCUGUAUUAAGUAAAAUGUAUAUAACAUAAUUAAUAAAAUGAUUUUUCUAAUGAAA